CCUCAACUAUAAGACCCCAGCAAAGAGGCAGUUGCGAGCGCUUGCCGAGAGAGAGCGCAACCGGCGACGUUCGUUUAAUAGGAGGCAAAGUGUUUCAGAGAGAGGGGGCAAAAGUGAAAGUUGGACGCUCGCAGUUCUCAUUGUGUGUUCUUGCAACAGGCGGUUCUCAGUACGCGGCGCUUCGGAACUUGGAACGCCGUGCUUCAUCCGGGAACAGAGGAGCAGGACACACGGGUACAGCCAAACCACAACAGUAGAGAGAAACUAACGGGGUGACAGAAAGCAUGGUCCGGACUGUACUUCCAGUGCAGGCACUAUUUGGCUUCUGCUGCUUAUUGGCCGCCGUGAACGUUCUGCAAGCAGCCUCUAAGGUCGACUGCAGGAAAUAUCCUUGGUUCCACAAGUGCAGAGGCAUCAGUGCCAAGAGGUCAGCCGCGCCAGAGCUGGAUAUUCAAUCUCAGAAGAUGCUUUACGAUGAUCCAACUGUCAUGAACAGCGAGCGAAGAGACGUCACGGCGAAUCUCCUACAAUACCUUCGGGACCACAGCCUCUACGACAAGGUCUUCGUCCCUGCGCAACUCAGGAAUCAGAGGCAACUUUUCGACGAAGACGAAGAUGUGAAAGACGACGACCAUAUGGAACCUUUCAGGCGCUGACGACGGACGAAGUUGAGGGCGAAGACGGCUGGGCCAACCACUGUUACCAGACUGCUCUUCGAGCACCAGCCACCUGCUGGUUCAAAAAAGCACAUUGCUGAGAUGAUCUUGUUUAACAUUUCGCUUAGCAACACUGGUCAAGUGAGCGGAACGGUCACGAUAAUGUAGUAAUAAUAACUAAUAACAAUAAUAAUAAAGGCAACAUCAUCUUUUGAUGAAAUCGAUUACCCCAAUACCACGUCCUGUGGCGUUAUUUAAGAGAAAACAAUGAUUCCAUCGUAGCCUCCAGAGCACUCUUUUGUAAGCGAAGACGCGCGUGAUCUGGAUUAGCGUGAUCUGGUUGUCCAAGGAAAGGGUAUGUGACACGCACCGAAAGAGGGGCAUAGAUUCCUCUGAAACAUAGAUUAUGUGUAGAGGCCAGGUCUUCUUGCCCCUCAACAAGAGUCCGAUAGAUGUAGACAAAACCCACAGAGCUGAUCUAGAUCGUGCUGAUCCAGAUCGGGUCCAGCGGAGAAAAAUAUAUCUAAAAAACAGAUACAGAGCUGAACUAUACAGAGCUGAAAACUAUAUAUAUCAAUUCACGGCUCCAUGAGGGUCGUCAUCGAAAAUCAAUCAAUCAACACUUUGUUCACAUUGGGAACACAUACGGGCUAAAAGCGAAACUAGAUGUAUGUUGUUGAGUGGUUGUUGACACAAAGUUUAUGAUGCGAUGUGACAAUGAUUCCGAUGCUCGAACGUUAUAUUCAUAUUAAAGGUACACUGAAAUAACAUUGCCUAUAUUUGCGGCAUGAUAGUUUGAAUGUAACAGAAAAGAUAGUUCCCUGUGAAAGUGGUUUAAAAAAAAUCGUUAUCUAAGUUUCGCUAAUGUAUCAUGAUUUCUAGAAGGAAACACCGAAACCAAAUUGAGUGUGCGAUGUGGGCAGAACCGACCGCUUGGUUUUACUCGUCUUUUCACAUACCCAUACACGUUACCCUAUUCCAUAAAGCUAUACAGCCUUCCCAGCACUUAAUCUGCAGAGCGUAGUGUCCAGGCUUGGGAAAGUGCUGUUGCAUGUACCUUAAAUCCGGCACGAGUAACGGAUGCUAGCUUCACAAAUCGCUCGGAAAGAUGUUGUGUGGAUGAAAACGAAACAUGACUGGCCGGCUACUGAAAUACGUCUAAUAAAAAGUAUAUUAAAGGCGAUAUUUUUGUGGUGAUGGAUUCUAUGAUGUGGUCUGUAGCACUUGAACCCAAUAAUAGCGUCUCGCCUUUGUAAAAUGAAACGAUGCAAAAUUUGUGUUUGUACUGUUUUCCUUGUCGUCUUACUGGACCCCCGAAAGAAUUGUUGUCUUGUCAUCAUGGACGUGUAAUUUACUCUUGUUUCUAGCAAUGACCUGUGCUCCUCAAUAAAAAUGGCAAACACGAAGA